AUGGCAUCAGAGAAGAGCCUGUUAGUUGAGUUGGUAGCGAAACAUUUCCCUAUUAUAGAAAACAAAAAAACCGAUGGCACAACUUUACGACAAAAAUCCGAAGAGUGGAAAAUCAUUAUGCAAGAGUAUAACUCGCAAACGGCCCUGAUACCUCGACUGGCUGAAAAUUUAAAAGCACAAUGGGAAGCCAUGAAAAUAGCUGCAAAAAAAAGAGGCUGCAAAUACAAGAAUGGCUAUUCUAGACAGGAUCCAUGGAGUCCAUUAUCUGUACAGCAGGAUUAG